CUCCCCCACCCCGUCUUCCGUCUUGGUAGCUUUUUCUUCCUCGCUCCCUCCUCAGGAUGGUUUCUUCAUCUCUCUCUCCUACAGCGGCUGCAACAAUGUCCAACAACAAUGGCAACAGUGGCCCUCCGCCGGCGCCCAAGUCUCAACCCCCCGUUCGCAUCCUCCCCACAAAAGUCGCGCGCAUUUACUCCCUCGCCCAUCCAGCUGCGGUUCUGCUCGGGUUCGCCGUACGCUUCCCCAAUCUCGUCCACGACCCCAUCUCGGAAAUGUUGAACGCGAUUCCUUUUCUGGCGGCGAGUCAGGUCGUGUUCACGAUAAUCUGUCUCCCUCCAGCGGGAGGCUCCCUCGAGGCCGCGGGUAGUGGUAGCAGUUCCAGUACGAGCUCUGGCUUCAGCUCUGGCUCAAGCAACAUUAUCCUCCGACCCGGACGCCCCGCGCGCCGUAAGGGCGGUAGCGGUGGAAGUGGUGCUGCUGGCGCUGGCGUCGGAGGUGGCUUUAUGGGCGGAUUGGGGGGUAAAGUGAUUCCCUCUAUUCUUUCCCUGAUCUUGACCGCCCUCCUGGCCACUCCGGUCUUUGCCAUUCUCCUCGUCUUGUUCGGCGCCCCCUUCACCACGCAUCAUGCUCAGACUGCUCUCUGCGCCGCCCACAUGGCCCUUCUGACUGCUGUGCCCCUGGUUUAUGUGCAUGGAGUCGAUGGAACCGUUUGGAAGGAAGUUUGGGGCGCUAGUCGGCCCGCCGAUGCGGUCUGGGGUGCUGCGUUGGGGACCUGCGUGGGGGCUUGGCUUGGGGCGGUGCCCAUUCCUUUGGACUGGGACCGUCCGUGGCAAGCCUGGCCCAUUACAAUUCUCACAGGCGCGUACUUGGGAUUCGCAACAGGCACCCUCCUAGGUCGCUCUAGGUGGCUAUUCGGCAAGCGACUGAGAUUUACCGACGAGGCCGACACUGUGGAGAACAAAAAGACGGAAUAGGCCAUCUCGUCCUACUUUACGGUCAUCAAAAUGAGAUACUGCGAUACAACAAGAGUUUAAUAAUAGCAGAAAUUUGUUCAUUCUCGAUUUGUAAAAAUAUCAGACCAUGUCCACAUUGCAGCUGGAUCUUAAUCAGACCAGAAUUCCCAGCCAAGUUCGGGCCAGUCAAUAUCCAGUCCCACUGUUGCUAAGAUGCGUUCACCCAGAUCAGGGUUGACAUCCAUUCCCGACACCACACGGACGUUACACAGGAUUUUGGCUACUUGCAGCUUGCCUUCAUGCUCGGAUAGCUUCCAGGAGGACCCGACCACGUCGUCAUUGAUCAUGUGAGCACUUAUGCCGUGGCCUUGAUAACACCAG